AUGCAGCACGGCACCCUCCCGCACGGCCUGCCCCUGCGCUUUGCCGACCUCGCCGUCCCAGAUCCUGGCGGUCGCGCCGGCACCGACCAGCUCGUCGAUGACCUCAAGGCCUCGCUCGUCGACCUCGCCACCGGUGGUCCGCUCCGCAGGGCCUACGCGAGCGUCCGCAAGGGCGAGCGCGCCCAGGGCAAGCUCCUCGUCGCCGGCGUCGAGGGCGUCGUCAACCAGGGCGAACUGCUCCUCGUCAUCGGCCCGCCGACGGCAAACGCCUCGAUCCUCGUCCGCGCCCUGUCGUGCUCGGACGACCUGCCCCUGUCCCCAACCUCGCACCUCGACUACGGCCUCGUCGACUACCGCAACGCGCACCGCCCGACCCUGUUCCCUCGCGCCGGCCGCGACAACUCGCGCAACCUGCGCUCCCAGGUCGUCUACAUGGACGACCGCGACGUGCACUUUGCGACCCUGUCGCUCGCGUCGACCCUGCGCCCGGCGGCCGCGGCCAAGACGCCCGAGCACCGCCCGGACGGCUCGACGCGCGCCCAGUGGCGCGACCAGCUCGUGCGCGGCGUCGUCGACGCGCUCGGGCUCGCGCACGCCCUCGCGACGCCCGUCGGGUCCCCGCUCGUGCGCGGCCUGUCCGGCGGUGAGCGCAAGCGCGCGUCACUCGCCGAGGCGCUCGUCGCGCGCGCCGCCGUCCUCCUCCUCGACGGGCCCUUCAACGGCCUCGACUCGUCGACCGCCGUCGCCAUGCUCGAGUACCUGCGCGCGUACGCGACCGACGGCAGGCGCUCGGUCGUCGUCACGACCCCGCACUGCGCCGACGCCCUGUACGACCAGUUCGACAAGGUCCUCGUCCUCGACGCGCGCGGGCGCCAGGUCUUUUUCGGCCGCACCCAGGACGCUCAGCCGUACUUUGAGCAGCGCGGGUUCGUGCGCCGCGUCGACCUGGGCGAGGGCACGGCCGAGUUCCUCGUCGGCUGCAUCGAGGGCCGACACAACGACGUCGACCUCGAGCGGCGGUGGCACCUCUCGCCGCAGCGCAAGCAGCUCCUGCACGAGCUCGAAGAGACGUACCGGAACGCUCACCCGUUCGACCGGUGCGCCGGCCCGCUGUUUGCGGCCCUGCGCGACGAGAAGAGCGCGUUCACGCCCAAGUCGUCGCACUACACCGUGUCGUUCGCGCGCCAGGUCGCCCUCUUGACGCGUCGCCAGUACGCCCUCAUCCGGUCCGAGCUGCCGAGCUACACGACCAAGACGGUCGUCAACCUCCUCCUGUCGGUCACGGUCGGCACCUUGUUCCUGCGCCUGCCGCCGACGACCGAGCACGCGUUCACGCGCGGCUCGCUCCUCCUCCUGUCCAUCAUGUUCAACGCGUACCUGUCGCUCGCCGAGCUCGGCAAGACGAUCGAGGGCCGCGACAUUGUCAAGCGCCAGGGCGACUACGGCCUGUUUUCCUCGUCGGCGCUCGCCGUCGCCCGCGUCUUGGGCGACCUGCCCCUCAUCGGCGUCCAGUGCGCCCUGUUUGGCACCAUCACGUACCUCCUCGCCGGGCUCCAGCCGACGUUCAGGGCGUUCGCGACCUACCUCGUGUUCGUGUACGCGACGGCGCUCAACCUGUCGUGCCUGUUCCGCAUGGUCGCCGCCUUGAGCCCCAACUUUGAGGGCGCGAUCCGGUUCUGCGGCGUCGCCCUCAACGUCCUCGUCAUGUACGCCGGCUACUUUAUCCCGACGCCGUCGAUGCGGCCUUGGCUCAAGUGGGUCCACUACGUCGUCGACCCCAUCUCGUACUCGUACGAGGCGGUCCUCGCCAACGAGUUCCACGGCCUGUCGCUCGCCUGCUCGCCCUCGGACAUCGUCCCUUCUGGGCCCUCGUACGACGCCCUGUCGGACCUGUACAAGACGUGCACCCUCCCCGGCUCGACCCCGGGGUCCCUCGCCGUCUCGGGCGACACGUACCUCGCGCUCGCGUACGAUUUCCACUACGCGCGCGUGUGGAAAAACCUCGGCGUGCUCGCGCUCCAGGCCGCCGUCUUUCUCGCCGUCGGCGUUGCGGCGACCGACGUGCUGCACUUUGCGCCCGGUGGGUCGAGGCGCGUGUGGAACCGCACGAGGGCGGUCAAGAGGAGGCUGUUUGGCGACAAGUGGAGGCGCGAGAGGGGGAGCGGCGACUAUGGCGAGCGGGGCGCCGUCGGUUCUGGGGGUGGGGGUGGGGCGACAGGGGGCGAGAACGGGCGCGGUGCGGCGGGGCAGGAGAGGGCGAGGAGGCCGUCGGCGGAGGAGAUGCGGCUGCUCGACGAGGAGGAGGGACGCGACUGGCGCGAGGGGGGCGUCGACGAGGGCGAGGACGAGGGCAGCGUCGAUGGGACGCCGCUGUAUGGCUCAGAGCAGGACGAGGACGAGCCGGUCGAGCUCGAGGGGUCGGUGCUCGCGUGGAACAACGUCUCGCUGUGGAUCGACACCGAGCUCGAGACUCGCCGUCUGCUCGACCGCGUCUCGGGCUACAUCAAGCCCGGGAGGGUCUGUGCGCUCCUCGGCGCGAGCGGCGCCGGCAAGUCGACUCUGCUCAACACGCUCGCGGGCCGGAGCCCGGGCGUCGUGCGCGGGACGAUCCGGGUCGACGGCGUCGCGCCCGACAGCGACUUUUACCGCAACACGGGCUACGUCGAGCAGUUUGACCUUCACGACGACCGCUCGUCGGUGCGCGAGGCGCUCGAGUUCUCGGCCCUCCUCCGUCAAGACGCCUCGAUCCCGGACGCCGACAAGCUCGCCUACGUCGACCACGUCCUCGACCUGCUCGACCUGUCGCACCUCCAGGACGCCAUCAUCGGUACGCCGUCGGCCGGGCUCAACGCCGAGCAGCGCAAGCGCCUCACGAUCGCGGUCGAGGUCGUCAGUCGCCCGGCCAUCCUGUUCUGCGACGAGCCGACGACGGGCCUCGACACCAAGAGCGCGCUUCGCGUCGUCAAGCUCUUGCGCCGGCUCGCGAGGACCGGCCUCGCUUCGGCCGAGACGUUCGGCAUCUUUGACGACCUUCUGCUGCUGCAACGAGGCGGCAAGCAGGUCUACUUCGGCGCUCGCAAGGAUGCCGUCUCGUACUUCUCGCGCGACCCCAACGUCAACGAGGCCGACGCGCCGUCGUUCACCAACCCGGCCGACUUCCUCCUCGACGUGAGCAAGACCGGCGUCGACGUCCCGGACGAGGACCUCGGCGAGGUGGACGACCUCGACGUCCUGUCGAAGCGGUGGUCGAGCUCGUCCGAGAGCAGCGCCGUCAAGCAGGAGCUCGUUCAGCUCGGCGCGCCGGUCAACACGCGCGACGACAAGACGACUCGCCUCAUGCGCAAGCCGCCACCGCCGUCGGCGUCGGUCUGGCGCCAGUGCGCGCUCCUCACCAAGCGCGUCUCGCGGCACUACUACCGCGACCCGAGCUUCUCGUACACCAAGCUGUUCACGUCGACGAUCGUGCCCCUCAUCGUCGGCCUGUCGUUCUUCCUCGUCGGCCGCGAGCGCACCAUCGUCUCGUUCCAGAACCGCAUGUUCAGCGUCUUCCUCCUCCUGUUCGUCCCCGUCGUGUGGAUGAACGCCAUCAUCUUCAAGGUGCACGCCCUGCGCGGCCUGUGGGAGGCGCGAGAGCGCCCGAGCCGCAUCUAUGGCCGCACGGCGUUCGUCACGAGCCUGCUCGUGAGCGAGGUGCCCUACUCGGUCGUCUGCGGCGCGGCCUACUUUGUCCUGUGGUACUUCCUCGUCGGGCUCCCGUUCAAGGCGUCGACGAUCGGGUUCUCGUUCCUCCUCAUCCAGAUCUUCUUCUUCUUCCAGUCGACCUGGGCCCUGUGGAUCGUGUGCCUGUCGCAGUCGCUCGGCACGGUCGCCAACCUCCUCCCCUUCUUCCUCGUCGCCAUGGAGGCGUUCAACGGCUCCCUCAUCGCGUACCACCAGAUGCCCGUCUACUACCGGUGGCUCUACUGGGUUUCGCCGUUCCAGCACUACGUGCGCGCCAUGCUCGGCGCCCUCCUGCACGGCCAGCCGGUCGAGUGCGCCGGGUUCGAGGUCGUCUCGUUCCGCCCGCCGCCCGACUCGACCUGCGCCACCUAUGCCGCCGAGUACCUGCGCACGCACGCCGGCUACCUCCUCUCGCCCGACGCGACCGAGGCGUGCGACUUUUGCCCGAUGAGCACCGGCGACGACUUUCUCUCGUCGCUCAACAUCUCGCACGGCGACCGCUGGACGUCGCUCGCCGUCCUCGCCGCCUACUCGCUGUCCAACAUUGCCAUCACCUACUACCUCGUCUUUGUCCCCCUGCGCGUCCCCGACUGGCUGUCGACGCUCGUCACAAAGGCGACCGGCCGCACGGGCGUCGGGAGGAAGCGCGCCGAGCAGGUGGCGGCCGAGGAGUGGGCGCGCGAGCUCGCGUUCGAGCGCGAGCACCCGGAGGUGCACGCGACGACGAUGGCGCACGACUCGUUCGCUUGAUGGAGCGCGUGUGUGGGAGAGGUAGAUCUUGUGUGGAUAGAGUCUUGUAGAGCACGGCGAAAAGCAGCGUCGAACUGCAACCUCGAGGCGCACUGUCCUCGUCCGCCCCCGCGCAGCG